UUCAGCUCGUAAAAUAUACUUGUGCUGAUGAGAUUUAUGGGCAGUGACACAGAUGAUGUCAUGUCAUACCUGUGGGCUGAACCUAGACCAACCCACAGGUGUGAUGUGGCAUGUCAGUUGUUUCAGUGUAAUGAUCCGAGGAUACACAUCAAGAUGGAGGGAGACACUGGGAAGAUGCGUGUGAUGGUGACAGGUGGCACUGGGCUGGUGGGCAAAGCCAUAGAGAAGGUGUUGCAGGAUGAAGGAGGAGCAAGAGAAGGAGAAGAAUGGAUCUUUCUUUCAUCCAAAGAUGCCAACUUAAUGGACGUGGCUGAGACAAGAGCUGUGUUCCAGAAACAUCGCCCAACACACGUCAUUCAUCUGGCAGCCAUGGUGGGCGGCCUCUUUAAAAACAUGACACACAACCUUAGCUUUUGGAGAAACAACCUCCACAUCAACGACAACGUGCUCCAAACAGCUCACGAGUUUGGCGUGCUUAAAGUUGUGUCCUGCCUUUCCACCUGCAUCUUCCCAGACAAAACCACGUACCCCAUUGAUGAGACUAUGAUACACAGCGGCCCGCCUCACGAAUCCAACUUCGGUUAUGCUUAUGCUAAACGAAUGAUUGACGUCCACAACAGGGCAUAUUUUAAACAAUACGGUCGAAAGUACACUGCUGUCAUCCCCACAAACGUGUUUGGUCCCCAUGACAACUUCAACAUAGAGGAUGGACAUGUACUCCCAGGACUCAUACAAAAAACCUACAUAGCACAGAGGGAGGGGACGUCCCUGCAGGUCUGGGGUUCUGGCCGUCCACGAAGACAGUUUAUUUAUUCACACGAUUUGGCUCGACUGUUUGUUUGGGUUCUCCGAGAAUAUAAUGAAGUGGAGCCGAUCAUAUUGUCAGUGGGAGAAGAGGAUGAAGUGUCCAUCAAGGAAGCUGCAGAUGCUGUGGUCGAAGCUUUGGAGUUCAAAGGGGAAGUUGUCUAUGAUAAAAGUAAAGCUGACGGGCAGUUCAAGAAAACAGCCAGCAAUGCUAAACUCCGCAAAUACCUUCCUGACUUCACCUUCACUCCUUUCCACAAAGCCAUCAAGGAGACCUGUGACUGGUUUGUGGCCAAUUAUGACAUCGCACGCAAAUGAGGACUGAAAGACUGAAGAAUGCCACCUUUUUUUUUUUUUUUUUCCCUAGGACUUCUUUCACUAACAUUAGACCAGUUGCACUAUUACACAUGAGAGUUCUUUUGGUGAUGAAUGGAAAAGCAGCACAUGAUGAUGAUGAUUAUGAUGAUGAUUUUUUAUUAUUAAAUGAUGAUUUAUAUUAUUAUUAUUAUUAUUAUUUAAGAAAGGCUUAAAGGAUGGCCUGAAACGAUAAGUACGGAAUGAAACACAAGAGCACAUGGUGUUAAUGGAAAAUAAUGGCCAGACUCAAAGUAUAGUUACAUUCAAUACACCAGAGUUGAUUGUUUUCUUGUCACAAAGUGUAUUAUUUCACUUAUACCGCAAGAAUGCCAACGGCAACAACUAUUGUUAAUUUAAGAACAACUAGUCAUAUGACUGAUAGUAAUAUUUUAUUAUGAAAUGUCUGUUUUCGUUAUAGCACAAAGAAACAUCUCUGUUCCUGAAGACCUUUUCCAAGACUUUGACUGUUACAAAGAAUUGACACUGGAGAUUCCUAACAACGAUGCUUAAUAAACGUCUCCUCACAGAAAUGUGUAAUAUAUAAACCCAUGUUUUAACUGUUACUAUUGAAACGAUAAUGUAAAACGACAAGCACGUUUGUCGGAACUCAGAGCCCCCUCCGAGUGGACAUAUCACAGGGUGGAAUUUUGUUUGUAUCUAUUACUCUUAGCUUUCCCAAUAACCUCCACAAUCUAUAAAACUUAGCCGAAAUAAAAGAGAUCUCGGUCAACAGAUGAGAAGAAGCAGGUUUCUUUAUUCAGUCAUGCAGUCAACAACAUGCAUAUCUGAAGAGAGCAGCUGGUCUCAAAAACCCCGAAAAAGUCCCCUCUACUUAUACCCCAGGCGCCCCGGGGCGCCUCCUUUUCUCUAAUUUAAAUAUUUCCAGCAAUUUCCCAUUAUAUUCAGUGUAUGGCUACUUUAGUCCCUCCUUCCUUAGUUUACAUACGUUUUCCCAGUUCCCAUUAUUUUCGCAUUUGUCCCGAGCCCGCCCCUAAAUUGAUACCAUCCUCCCCUCAAUGACGUCAAUUUUCCUCCUCACCAGUUCCCCUUAUUUUUAGGCUAAGUCAACCAUUUUUAUAAAAAUUGGCGCUUACUUAUAGGCGCCACUUCCUUAUUGACUUCAUUUGACCAUCACCUCUUAAAGGUGCUUCCUCGGCUCAUCCUGACCUCGCACGUUGCCCCCCACAACAAUGUGUAAGUACCUUGCUCUCUUCCUCUAUGUCAUGAUGACUUUUCUCUCUACCUACUUGAUCUAAGUUUUGUUUUACUAAUUUUAAACUAAGCUGUGCCAUUAAGCUGCCUCAUAUCCUUUCCUCUUUUCAUCACUGUUGGUUGCUAGUAUUCCAAUGCUAUUGUCUCCUCUACCUGCCUAUCACUGUCAUGUCACAGUGACCUGGCCUACUUCCCACACUGUGUUCCUCCUGCCUUAGUACACGCUCUCUUUUGCUGACUACAUAGUCACGCAAUAUGCACUUCACUCAUCUUUACUCAUUUCCCAUAAAAUUUUUUAGCUCAGUCAGCCCGCCGCGCUAUCUUCCGGAGAAGUCCCAGGGGUGCUCUGCGACGCUAUCGCCAGUAUCAGCUAUCCUGUUUGGCCAUUGAACUUACUGGUUUCCUGGAGCACCUAUCUGAAUCCUCUAUUCCUGAGUCUCCUUACCUCGCUCACCAUAUCGUGAGAGAUACCGUCUGUCUUGAUCAGAGCACCCAAUUUCACCCCACAACCUGUGAUCAGUCUACUCAGACCUUCUACUGGCAUUGGACACGCACCACCUCUCAAGGCGUCCAGACUGAGGAUUUCCCUGUUGAGAUUUCCUCUAAAGAUUCUUCCUCUGACUCCUCUUCAUUUCCUAAUUCCCCUGACAUUCCCCAACUUUCUCCUGAAUUUGUGCCUAUGCCUUACAGUGUUCAUGAUAUUCCUCAAUCUUCUCCUGACUAUUCGCCCCCAACUUCUCCCACUGAUUACUCUCCAACUUCUCCUCAGGAUCCCGAGAUUCCUUCUUCUACAACUGACCCUCCGGUCCCACUGAUCCCAUUGGAUAGGCUGGCUGACUGAGUUGUAACUCCUAAUGUUUCAAUAAAUCUCUCCUCUUUUUCUGUUC